AUGUUGGCAGGUCAUAUUUGGAGAUGUGCUUGCAAGGCACGUAAACUUCAGGAUGAUCAAGACACCAAACUACUUAUUGCCACCGAUGCACGGUCCAGAUUGCAACCCCCACUCCCACCUCAUUUCUUUGGCAAUGCUGUUUUCAGAACCACACCAAUUGCUGUUGCAGGGGAUCUCCAAUCGAAGCCAACAUGGUAUGCUACAAGCUUUGUUCAUGAUGCUUUGGUGCGGAUGGACGAUGAUUAUUUUAGAUCAGUCCUUGACUAUCUUGAGCUUCAUCAUCCUUGUCUUUCUGAACUCAUUACGGGGCCUCUGUCGAUUUGUUGCCCAAAUCUUCGCAUAAACAGUUGGGCUAGGCUGCCGAUUCAUGAUGCCGAUUUUGGGUGGGGUCGACCAAUUUUCAUGGGGCCUGGUGCAAUUCCAUUUGACGGGAUGUCUUUCUUGUUACCAAGUGCAACAAAUGAUGGGAGUUUAUCACUGAUCAUUUCUCUGAAAUCCGUGGACAUGAAAUCAUUUUCCACGUUGUUGUAUGACAUAUAA